AUGGAUCCGCUGGCAUUGGCCGCCUGCGUCCCCGGUUGCCAGAGCCUGGAACCAACGGGCGAAAACGAAUACCAGGCGGUGGUCAACGUUGGGGUAGGGCCGGUGCGGGGUAACUUCACCGCCAAGGUAGCAAUUACCGAUAUGAAUCCCUUUGAAUCCUACCGGCUAUCCUUGAGUGGCAACAGCAACAUCGGAUUUGGUACCGGCGAUUCUCUGGUUACUCUGGAAGAGCAGGACGGCAAGACCACGGUAAAGGUGGACAGCCGGGCCCAGGCUGGCGGCACGGUGGCCCGCGUGGGACAGCGCAUGAUGGAAAGUGUAGCCAGGGGCCUGCUGGAUCGCUUCUUUUCCUGCCUACAAGAGACAGUCAAUCGAGGAUAG